CACCGUACACCAUCCAGCCCUCAGCCGCGCCGCGCCGCCCCGCGUUUCCCUGCCCGCCGCACGCGCCGCGGCCGCGCAGCAGGAAAACAUCCGCCACCGCCACCCCCCGACACCGCCGUCCCCUCGCGCCGCCCUCCACGGCGCCAUCCCUCCGUUCCACCACGGUAGACGUACACGUGCGCCUGUGGCACCCGAUCCACCCGCGCGCCCCGCGAAACCCCCGUCAAGCCACGCCGCCCGCCUCUCGCGCCCGGCCGUCCACACGCACCGGCCGCGAGCGUCGCGCCCAGCCACCCGCCCGCGAAGCACCACCGGCCUGCCCAGCCGCGGCAACCGUACGAAAGAAACCACCCCCGUUCCCGUCCUAUUUCGCCAUGCCACACCCCGCCACCGACCCACCUCCCCCUCUUCUCUCCUCCGGGCCUUCCCCGCUGUUCGGCCCGCGCGCGCCACCCUCUCCGCAGGGGCGGUCCCCGACACGUCGCAGCCGUCCGUCGCGGCGCAGCGCACCCCACCACGUCGCGGCCGACGACGCGGAGCAAGAGGAGGAGGGGGAGCGCGCGGUCGCGCGCGGCGUGACCCCGUCCGGCUAUGCUGCAACGCGCCGCGAGCAACGCCUACUCCUGGUGGUGGGCGUCGCACAUCCGCACCACCCAGUCCAAGUGGCUUGACACCACCCUCGGCGAGAUGGAGGACAGGGUAAAGGCCAUGCUCAAGCUCAUCGGCGCCGACGGCGACUCGUUCGGCAAGAAGGCGGAGCUCUACUUCAGGAGCCGGCCAGAGCUCAUCAACCACGUCGAGGAGAUGUUCCGAUCCUACCAGGCCCUUGCUGACAGGUACGACCGGAUAUCCAGUGAGCUGCACAGGGCCAACCACACCAUUGCCACCGUGUUCCCGGACCAGGUGCAGUUUUCCAUGCAAGAUGGGGACGGCGAGGGGUUCCCGAAGGCGAUCACCGGGAUUGAUCUCAGUAACUUCAAAUUCCCGGCGCUGGAAGGCUUGUCCAUGGGCUCGCGGGGCACGAGCAGGGGUACCAGUCCAGUCCCAAAGAGGGGGGCCCAAGGGCACCGGAGGGUCACCUCCCACAUGAGCAAGGAGAAGGCGCAGGAGGAAAUCGACAAACUGCAGAAACAAAUACUGGUGCUACAGACCGAGAAGGAGUUCUUGAAGACCUCUUACGACAGCGCACUAGGAAAGUAUCUGGACAUUGAGAAACAGGUGGCUGAGUUGCAGGAUGAGGUCUGCAGCUUGCAAGAUGCUUUUAACACUGGUGCGUCCAUUGAAGACAAUGAAGCCCGAGCGCUGAUGGCUGCAAAAGCCAUUGUGUCAUGCGAGGAUACGCUGGUGAACUUGCAGGACCAGCAAAAGAGAUCAUCUGAAGAGGCAAAGGUGGAGUUUCGACGAGCCAAUGAGGCAAUGGAAAAGCUGAAAACCUUCAAGGAUGGAUGUGGGCUGCCUCAUGUGCAAAUGGAUGGGCACGAUGAACAUGACACAGAACUGAGCCAUGCAGUGCCGUUUGAGGAUGUUGAUUAUUCUGCUCUGAAUGACGGCAGGCUUGACCUGCAUGAAAUAUGUCAAAAAGUCAAAGAGCUAAUUGAGCUGUACCCGGAGCUAUCAGUCGCAGAAUUAGCGGAUAAAGUCGAUCGACUUGUGGAGAAGGUAAUCAACCUUGAGCUUGCUACUACUUCACAGAAUGCUCAGAUCAAUAUAAUGAGGACUGAGAUAGAUGACCUGCACAAGCGCCUCCAUGCUUUGGAGGAAGACAAGGCGGCUUUGGUUGUUGACUCCAGUAACUUGGAGGAAAGGUUGAAGAAAGUUGAAGAGGUGCUGCAAGAAGUCCAACAAAUUGGGAAGUCCAUACAAAAUGGGACACAGAACAUUUGUAAAGAGUUGACUGAAGCCUCCCACGAACUUACUGAAUUCGUCGAAACAUUACAUGCUCCUGAGCCGCAAAUCAGUGAUGUCGUGGAUUUAUCGCAAGACUCCAAAUGCAAAGCCUCUCUGGAAGACGAUUCAGAACUAACAAGUCUGUCUGUCAAAAAGGAGUCAUCCGAUUCUUUACAUGUCACUACAAGUGAAACCAAUAAACACGAUGAAGGCCCAGAAGGUCCUGUAGCACAGGAACAGCUAGUUUCAAACGAAUCAGAAGGUGAGGAGAAGAUUCUAUUAGAAGAAUAUGCAUCUGCACUGCAACACUACAAAGAUACAGAACAAAGGCUUUCGGAAAUUGAGAAGACAAAUCAAGAUUAUCAUCUUGAGGCAAUGUCAGAACUGAAGGAACUGAAGAGUGCCAAUGCAACAAAAGAUGAGGAGAUAAACUCUCUUAGGCGCAUGCUAAGUUCUUUACAGAAGAAGAUGAGUGCUUCUGUUACUGAGAGUACAGAGAAGUCUGAAGAAACAUCCAAAAUAAGCACCAAUCCUGCUACAGAAGACAAAGAGAUUGCUGAGAUAGAGGAAUACAUUAGGCAAUGCCAAGUUGAAGACCCACGUGCAUGUUCAGUUGCAGAGGACAAAUUUAGAUCAGAGAUUGACAGGGUGUUGGGGGAAAACUUGGACUUCUGGUUGAGGUUUAGCACAUCAUAUCAUCAAAUACGGAAUUUCCAAAAAUCAUUUGACAAGCUAAAAACUGAGAUGGAUAAAUUGACUGAUGAGCAGGCUCAGGGGGGUGCUUACGGUUUUGCUGCUAGUUAUCAGGUAGCAAAGCUGGAGUCAGCAGUCCUAGAAAAGAAAUUUCGGGAUUUAAAUACAGAUCUUCAAGUUUGGAUGGAAAAGAAUGUGCUAUUGAAAGGAGAGGUAGAGAACAGAUUCUCAUCACUGUGCAGCAUACAAGAGGAGAUGUCAAAGAUCACAACUCUGGAUAGAAGUGAUGAAGUUCACUUCACCCCUUUCCAAGCUGCGAAGUUCCAAGGAGAAGUGCUUAAUAUGAAACAAGAUAAUAACAAAGUUGCUAAGGAGCUAGAAGCUGGGCUGGACCACGUAAGAGGCCUUCAAGUGGAGGUUGGGAGGGUGCUCUUGAAGCUCAGAGAGAAUCUUGAGCUAUCUGAAGCAAGAAGCAAUCGAGCCCAACAAAACUUCCGGAACCUGUCAACAAAAGCCGGGGUGCCCCUUAGAACUUUCCUGUUUGGCCCAAAGCCAAAGAAACCAUCACUCUUUUCAUGCAUGGGUCCUGGGGUGCAUAAGCAACAUGGUGGCUCAAAGGUUGGGCGAAGAUGAGAAUUGUUGGUUCAUCGGCAAUUUGUUUUUUGAUGUUUACAGCUAAAGAGAUCUCAAUGUACAUGACAAUUGGUAUGUGGUAAAUGUGGUUUCUCUUAGGCCUUAA